AUGUCUUCCCCUAACGGCCUCGUCUGCUUCACGAACUGUUUGCUGCCGCUGGAGGAUGGGAGCCUCGUCGAGCGGGAUCUGUGGAUCGAUGAGCGUCGAGGAGUCAUCCUGGACUCACAGAAAACCUUCUUCUUGAGGAGGGAGCGUCCCGACAGAGUGAUCGACCUCGGAGGCAACAUCCUGAGCCCCGGGUUCAUGGAUAUCCAAAUUAAUGGUGCUUACGGCUUCGACUUCUCCGUGUACGACGGCGACGAUGAAGUAUACAGAGCUGGGAUGCGGCAUGUCGCCGAGAGAAUCAUCGAAACGGGUGUAACAUCCCUCGUCCCCACCAUUAUUACCCAAGAGAAGUCCCUCUACCCUAAGCUCUUGCACCUCCUGCGCCCCUUCGCAUCUCCUACAACCGCUACCCUUCUUGGAUGGCAUGCCGAGGGUCCCUUCAUUCAGAUGGCGAAACGGGGUGCGCACGCCCCACAAUUCCUCGUGCCCGCACGCGAGCGCUUCGCUUCGUUCGAGGAGCUGUACGGUGCCCAAAACCUUGUGGACCAGGAGGAUUGGCUCAUGGCCGAGGGCAAUGACGUCGGCGUGCGCAUUGUCACCGCCGCACCGGAGAUCGAGGGCGUCAUGCCCUCCAUCCCGGAGCUCAUCAAGCGCGGAGUUGUCUUCUCCAUAGGGCACAGUAUCGCGACGACGGACAUCGCAACACAUGCUGUAUACCACGGCGCGCGCCUCAUCACCCACCUCUUCAACGCGAUGCCGCAGCUGCACCACCGCGACCCGUCCAUCAUCGGUCUCCUCGGUGCCUCGCCCUCGCUCUACCCGUUCGCGUCCACCCCGGGGUCCCCCGCCUCGCCAGCCUCGCCCGCGUCGGGCUCCUGGCACGCGCGCCAGACGUCGCUGAGCAAGCGGCUCGCGCAGCUGCAGAUCGAAGGCCCAGGCUCCCCCGCGGCGGCACCGAAGGCGACGUCGGAGGCGUUCGACGACCAGCAGACGCCACCGCAGACGCCGAUCCUGCGCGCGCUCGCGAGCACGGACGACCUGAACCUGCGCAAGGGCAAGGUCGAGGAGGCGUUCGAACGGCCGUUCUACGAGCUCAUCGUGGACGGGAUCCACUCCCACCCGAACUCUGUCAGGCUGGCGUACUCUUCUUACCCCGACGGGUGCAUUCUGAUCACAGAUGCGAUGAAAAUCCUCGACCCGCACCUCCACGACGGCGUGCACGAGUGGCGCGACGGGAAGCGCUUCGUGAAGGAGGGCGACAAGCUCUACCUGGAGGGCACGGACACGCUCGCAGGGAGCGUGGUCACCCUGGACAAGUGCGUGCGCAACUUCUCGCGCUUCACGGGCUGCUCGCUCGGCGAGGCGAUCAAGUGCGCUACGUUCAACCCGGCAAGGUGCCUGGGGAUCGAGAACAAGAAGGGCACGCUGCGCUCUGGCGCGGACGCCGACCUUGUCGUGCUCGACCGCAAGGGCAACGUGCUCAGCACCUGGGUCAAGGGUAAGGAAGUUUGGACGAAGAACUGA